AUGUACUCUGAAGAGAGAGAUGGUUCAUAGUAUUCUGAAAACAAUGCAGAUUACAAUGAGGAUUACUAAGGAGAUGGCUAGGAAGUUUAGAUGGAAGAAUAACAAUAUUAUGAUGAUGAAGAUUAAGAUCAAGAUUUGUAACAGCAAGAAGAAUAUUAAGAAUAUCAGCCAGAAGAACAGUAAGAAGAUUAAUAAAGCUUUAAAUAUUAACCAUUUGAUCAAAGCAGAAGUGGUAAUGGGCAGAACCGGUCUGUAUUGAUGGGAGUUCCUCCUUGUGCUAGAGGAGGACAUUCAGCAACGUUGAGUGGGGCCUCAAUAAUCUUAUUUGGCGGACAUUAUUAUGCAAAUAAAGAUGAGGGAUACAAGUAUUUGAAUGACACAUAUUAAAUGGAUGUCAAUGCAAAUAGAUGGUUUAAGGCUAAAGUAUAAGGUACUCCCCCUGCUCCAAGAUAUGCUCAUUCUGCAGUUUUAGCAGGAUAAAGAAUAAUCAUAUUUGGAGGGAAAGGAGAAAAGUGUGUAUUCAGAGAUUUACAUGCUCUUGAUCCAUUAACAUUAACUUGGUAUUAGGGACCUGAAGGAUCUGGGUCACCCAGUGCUAGAUUCGCCCAUUCUGCUACUUUAUAUGCAUCAACUAAAAUGAUAAUAUUUGGAGGAUGGAAUGGAAUUGAUUAUUUCAAUGAUCUCUAUGUUCUAGACUUAGAGGUUAUGGCUUGGUCUUAACCUCCUUGUACUGGUCCAUCUCCAACUCCUCGUCAAGGACACACAGCUAUACAAGUUGGUGCCAAUUUAAUCAUUCAAGGUGGAUUCUACUAUCAAGAAGAUAAAAAUCUAAAAAAUCUUCCUAAGACUGCCAAUCCUAGACAUGGAUCCCAUUUAAGAGGAUGCUAUCUAAAUGACAUUAGAAUUCUUGAUACUGAGCAUUUUGCAUGGAGUAGACUAAGAGUAAGUGGUACACCACCUGCUCCAAGAUAUGGACAUUCAGCAAAUGUGAGUGGAGCAGAUAUUGUAGUAUUUGGAGGAUGGUCACUAAACUCAGGAGCUAGAAGUGAAAAUAAUUUUGUUACUCCACCAGACAUUGAUUAUUUGAUUGUAUUGAAUACCGAGAAGAUGUGUUGGGAAAAGGCUAAAUAUGAAGGGAAUGCUCCUAGAAAUAGAUAUGGUCAUACUGCUACUUCUAUAGGUCCACAUAUUUUGAUUUUUGGAGGUUGGGAAUAUAAUAGAGCUACUAAUCAAGUAGUGGUUUUGAGAGAUCUUAAUGUUGGAUAAUAAUAAUAAUAAGAAAAGAAAAAAUGA